AUCUAUCACAAAUUAAGAAGAAUCCAACAUGGGUGAGAAAGGACAACGUGGACGCGCUCUGGCUUCCGGUAUCAAGCAUAGGGUUUCCGCCGGUUUGCCAGUGGCUGCCGUUGUUAACUGCGCCGACAACUCGGGUGCCAAGAACUUGCGAAUCAUUGCGGUUUGCAACAUUGGAGGCCGAUUGAAUCGUUACCCCAAGGCCUCCAGUGGCGAUAUGGUCAUGUGCGCCGUCAAAAAAGGAAAGCCGGAAUUGCGUAAAAAGGUCAUGCCCGCUGUUAUUGUCCGACAACGCAAGGCCUUUCGCCGGAAGGAAGGAGUCUUUAUUCAUUUCGAAGAUAGUGCCGGAGUUAUUGUCAAUAACAAGGGUGAAAUGAAAGGGUCGGCCGUGUCUGGCCCGGUCGCCAAAGAAUGUGCGGAACUCUGGCCCCGUAUUGCCGCCAACGCUGGUUCCAUCUUGUAA